AUGAUUGAAGCAGAAUCGGAUCACCACACCGUGUACGGAGGAGGGCGGGAGUACUGGAACGCGAGGUACGCCCAGCCCAAGUACGUCAAGCACAAGGACUGGUAUUGUGAGUACCCCAUUCUCCGGCGCCACGCCCUGGCCGUCUUCGCGCCCUACCUGCCACUCCCGGCCCCCUCCGGCUCGGCCCCACGCCUGUUGGUCGUCGGCUGUGGCAACUCGUCCGUGUCGGCGGGACUGUACGAAGACGGAUACACGAACAUCGUCAACAUCGACAUAUCCGACGUGAUCAUCCGGCAGAUGACGGUGGAACACAGCGAGCGCUACCCGCUCAUGACUUACGCGGUCAUGGACGUCUCCCACAUGGACUUUGAUGACGAGUCCUUCGAUCUGGUCCUCGACAAAGGAACCUUGGACGCCGUGUGCUGCGGUCCGCAGUGCUUCGAGUUCGUCCAUGAGAUGUGCAGCGAGAUAUGGCGGGUAAUGCGCACCGGCGGGCAGUACGUUUGCAUUAGCUAUGGCCCACCCUUCCUCCGCCGGCACUACCUCCUCAAGGACGAGCUCAAGCACAAGGUGACUGAUCUCUGCCUGGUUGUCAAUUGGCGCCUGGAGGAGCGUAAGAUCACGCUGAACCGUGACGAGCAAGUGCGGUGCCUGUCCGUGCUGGAGGACGAUGAGAGCGGUACCUUUUACGUCUACAUCUGCACCAAACUGUCGCCGGAAGAGCAACAGGAGCGGGUAGCUGCCCACCUCCGAGAGCAGAGCGAGCGCGUCAGCGCAGCGAAGAGGAAGGAAGAAGAAUGCGAGCACGAGGACGAGGACGAUGGGGAAGGUGACGAUGACGGUGAGUACGAUGACGCAGACUUCAAAGUGGCCGACUUCCUUGAAAAUCCACUUUAUAAACAAAAUCACACAUGA